AUGGCGACGCGGGACCGGACGGCGGAGUUCCUGCAGUAUCGCAGUGUGCGGCCGCGGCACCCCGACGCGGAGCGGCUGCUGGCGGAGGAGGCGCAGACCACAGCGACUUACAUCACCCCGCAGUGGGUGGAGAAAAUGGACGACGUGCGGCUCGUUGGGCAGAAGAUACGAACACACAUGGAAGUACUCGAGGGACUGCGGAAGAAUCAUCUUAAGAUUGAGUUUAGCUCCGCCAGAGAUGAGGGAGAGGAGGAGGUGAAGAUUGAUCGUGAACAGGAUCUUAUUGAUACCCUCUUUAAACAAGGGGAGAAGUUGAUUAAAGAAAUAGACGCUGCGUAUAUGCGGGACUUACCGGAUAGUGGAACUGAUGCGGAAUUAAGUAUACUUCGUAAUGUAAAAAUGUGUUUGGUUAAUGAACUUAAUAAUAUCAGUAAGAUUUACCGUGAGAGACAACGCCGAUAUAUGAUGGAUGUGAAGAAACAACAGGCGGUGGCUCAACGUUGGGCAGGUGGUGAAAGACAACGGGUGAUUGAACAACAAUUAGAAACCGAUGCCGUGAUGGAUCAAUAUCUUCAGAAGGGUAUGACGCAGGAACAAAUAGAAACUAUUUUAUUAAAUCAACAUAUGGUAGAUGAACGUGUAAAAGAAUUUGAUCGGAUUUAUACUUCCAUAAAGUCUUUACAUGAAAUGUUUAAAGAUAUGAAUACCCUUGUGAUUGAACAAGGGGCAGUACUUGAUCGCAUUGACUAUAAUAUGACAGUAACACACAGCCGUGUGCAAAAGGCUAAAGUUGAGUUACAAAAGGCAGCAGAGUAUCAAGAGGCAGGAGCAUUCAAAAUAUGUGUAUUAUUUCUUGUUGUACUCAUUAUUGGUUUGCUGAUUGCCUUGUUUUUCAAAGCAGUGAGGUAA